AGUUAUAAAUAUGAAAUAAACAUUAUUCCCGACCUUUUUAAAUUCUAGUUCAAGAGAACUCAAGCGAAAUCCACAUGACGGAUGACCGUGAGCUGCCACGAUUUCUGUACCGGCUGACCCAGGAAAUAGUUACUUCUCGGGAUUACACGGACAACAACAUAAACAAAAUUUGCGACAAGUACUGCGCCGAUUCCGCCUAUCCGGACAAGGAACGGCUGCGCAGACUUGUGCUGGAACUCAAGCGUAAGCUCACAAUUGGUGCUGAAAGUCUUCCCCAAGGGUCAGUGCAACAGGUGCAGUUGGAAGAUGUCCCCCAUCACUCAAGCUGUCCCAAGAUCCAUCAAGAAUCAGUGCAACAUGUGCAGUUGGAGGAUUUCCCCCACCGCAUCAGCUGUCCCCAUUACAGCAGCGCCCAAAUGGUGACAUGUCCAGCGGUUGAAACCCUCUCUGACAAGUGUGUCGGUACACAGUCUUUGAUUUUCCCGACUGUAAGAUCUCUGGUGAAUGAUGAAACCCAAUAUCAGGAGCAGUUGGAAUCGUACCAUACCUUCGGAAGUACAAGCGCGUGUAAUAUGUCAACCUGUACCGCGUGCAGUCAGGUGCCAUCGAAACACUCAAUUGAGGAUAAAAGCGUUCGAAACCUAUCGGAAGAAUCGGUCAACUUGAUCGAACAGUUGCUCAUGAAACAUGCCGGGACAACAGAGACCAGCUCGAGUGAAAUUUUACUACGUAUGGCCGCUGCGAAUCGGGCACUUCAGGCUGACAGUGGACGCGGGAAGUCCCCUCAUCAUCCGUGUGAUCAACCGGCGGAAGACGCUGGUGGCAGUGAAUGUAGAAAUUUGGAGAGGAAAUUCACCGCGAGCGGAGGGGCAAACAGUGUCCCCAUUCUUAGACAGGAGCCGGAGGAGGGAAACAGUACGCCAUCGACAACUUGUUGUGGAACGAAUCGAAAAAAAGGUACCCACAUGCAAGGGAAACAACGGAAGCAAGUGUAAGGGCAUGAAUUGAUGAAUAAAAAAAAGUAUCACUUACCCGACCACGGACA